AGAAAAAAAUUGCGCUGUUGGGGGUACUCGAGGACCGGAGUCGGGAUCCACUGGCUAAGGGACUGUCUACUUUGUGAUCGGAAUUCAGCCCUGGUCAAGUGUGGUACAGAACGUCGAAUGUACCAAAGCUACGGGCUGUUUUUCGGCACUUUUAUGGUAUCCUAUGGGCAUUUCUGUUUGAAAAGAGAAAAUCACAAUAUUUACACGGCACUCUUGCAGAAACGUCUUAUGGAAGCAUAUGACUGACACAAUUUAAUUGAAAAUGCACAGACUUUGCAAUUCCUUUUUCAGCCGAGCGAUGGUAAUGUUAAUAUCGCGUUUAAAAGAUUACUUCUCUCCUUAAAGUUAUAAUAGCCUGACGUUAGUAGAGAGCUAGAUAAUGACAUCAGCUCAUGUCGUGAAUGACAAGGAAUUUAUUUGCUAGCAAGCUAAUACUCCAGGUGUUACCGUGUUGCUUUUUUGUGGUCCAUUCAUGCCCUGCUUUGUGUACAUGUGUCUACCAAGGAGGAAGCAAUGGGACAGGUAUCAGGUCUGUUUUGUGUGGUGAAACCCGCAUGUCAGUCAUUCCCCUCAAUGCUCCAGCUGACACAGUUAAGUUGCGUCUGGAGAAGACCUCUGUCUCCAGAGUGCCACGGGCAGCCUUCUUCUACUUGUCUGAGCUCCAGUUCCUGUGGCUGACCUACAAUUCCAUCACCUCCAUCCACCCCAGCAGCUUUCUUAACUUGAAGGCACUGCGUGAGCUGCGAUUGGAUGGAAAUCUUCUCUCUACCUUCCCCUGGGAGGGUCUUAGAGACACACCAAGGCUGCGAACCCUGGGACUGCACAAUAACCGCCUCUCCAGCCUCCCUUCCCAUGCUGCCCUUUUUCUUCCCAAUGUCACCUAUCUGGACCUGUCUAGCAACAGACUGACCACACUGCCCCCAGAGCUGUUGGAUCUCUGGCUCCCUCUCCCUGGCCAGCUGGCACGCCCCACACAGAGAAGAGUGUUGGGUCUCCAUGACAAUGUGUGGCAAUGUGACUGCCAGAUCUCCAUGCUGCUGACCCAGUCCAAGUUCCAAGGGAGCCCUGUGGUUCUCAUGGACCAGCUUCUGACCUGUAGCCGUAGUGAGGGGUCUGCCGUCCAGCUGGAGGACUUGACGCAGUGUCAGAGGCCCUCUGUUCAACCCUUAGCAACCCGGGUCACCUCCACCCUGGGCAGUAACGUGAUGCUUCGCUGUGAUGCCACAGGCUACCCAACUCCAGUACUCACCUGGACCAAAGCUGCCGGAGCCUCGAUAUACAACACAGAAUGCUGUCAACAACGAGAAAGUAAACCUGACCCUGAAAAACUACCCAUCAACUUGGACAGCUUUAUUCAGGAAUCUCCACAUGUAGGAAUCCGAUGGUCUAUCAUCAGCCUCAAUGGACUUUCAUACAAGGAUGCGGGAGAAUAUCGGUGCCAGGCACAAAACAUGGCAGGAACAGCAGAAGCCCCCAUUAGACUUAGGGUGUUGGGGGUAAUUGCUGUGCCCCCUUUCCUAAAAAAUAAGACCCGCAAAGCAUCUUCUAGAUCCUCAUCCAACAAUAGAAAACUUCUCCCACAAAAGCUGAAGUGGUCACAGAAUAACACUUCAAUUUUCACCACUAAGAAGAAGACUCUUCUUAACCUCAACUAUGUUACACCUCCCACAAACAAAAAACAGAGCAUUAAAAUAUCCCAGGUCCCCUCCCCCCUGAAAAAAAUAUCGUCAUCCUCACCACAUAACUACAUACCCAAACGCAAAAAAAACUCAGUCCCAAAGUCAAACAGAGAAUCUCAGAUAUUUGUCAAUACUAUACCCACCUCACCUGCAAAGUCUAUCACUCCAUUGUCUUCACCAGCAUCAUACCAGGACCAACUAUAGUGGCCAAUUGAUCUGCUACUAUAAUGGCCCUUCUAUAUUCCAUAACUAUUGAAAGACACGUCCAUUUAUAAAAGUCACAACACUGCAUCUGUUUUAUUAUGUCUGUGAAUGCACUGGCAGAGCCACUGAGCAUAAUUCUUUCCCUGCUAUUUCUGAGUUGGUAAACAAACUCAAUGGGUGUAUUGGGUUUAUGAUAAAAAGGCAUGGUUGUCGAUUCACUGCCACCUGCUGUUAUGAAUUAGGUCCACAAGGGACGUUCAACCAAAAACAUUGGAACAGAAUAUAUAAGUAAUCUUCCCCAUUGAAGUUCAACCAGGCCUGAAUUCAAGUAGUAAUAACACACACAGUUGAAAUAGUUUGGUCCAGGGCUGCAGAUUUAUCUUUUCUUAAAAAGAAUUGUCUCAGAAGCUAAAGAUCCCGAAGGUUCUGCACUUUUUGUGUUGUGUUCUUUGCAUGUAUUUUUAUUAGCUAAAAGGAAGGAUGGAUUACAUAUGCAUUUAGAGUAUUUUACAUUUGUAUAACAUAGCAUUUAGUUGACAUAUUCAUGACAUUUUGGCCAAAAUGUAGAAGCAGAGACCCUUGGAGUAUGUAUUGUAAAAAGUUUUUUUAACAUUUGCCAAAUAAAAAAAAGAUGAAAUUCAA